UGCCUGUGAAGAGGCAGGGCUUGAGGAAGGAAGUUUAGUUGGAGGCUAUUUUUCUCUUACAUACAUGUGAACAGCAGUCAAGCACAACGAGGGCUGAACUAUGGAAGGCAAAAUGGAUACAACUGAAGACAACUGCCAAGAGUUUGAUAGGGACCUGUAUGAAAAUACCUUACUGCCUACUCUUUACAUUUUGGUGUUAAUUGUUGGACUGAUGGCUAACGGAUGGGGAUUGAAGUCUUUGCAGCAUAACUGGAAGAAACUUGGGGAUAUUAACAUCUUUCUUUUAAACCUCGGACUUGCAGACAUUUUGUACCUGCUCAAUCUUCCUCUUCUGAUCGUCUACUACCUUAAAGGGAGCGAAUGGAUCUUUGGAGAAACUCUCUGCAAACUGACAAGAUUCUGUUUCAACCUGAAUUUAUAUUGCAGCAUUGGAUUCCUCACUUGUAUUAGUGUCUACAGGUACCUGGCAAUCGUCCAUCCCAUGAAAACAAAGGGGAGAUUAACGGUGAAUCAUUCCAUGGGUAUCUCAGCCAUUGUUUGGAUUCUGGUGAGUGUUCAAAGCCUUCCCGACAUGUUCUUCCCCAAAAGGUAUAGGAGCGAUCAAUGUUUUGACACCACCACUAAUGAUUAUAUGAAGGGUUACCUGGAUUACACCAUCAUAUGGACGUUCUUUGGAUUCUGCAUCCCUUUCCUCAUCACUGUUUGGAGCUAUGGACAUGUCACCUAUGUCGUCUGCAGCUCAAAAACAAUUGACAAGAAUGUGAAACGACGAAGCUUGAAGCUGUUGGCUGUUUUGAUUCUUCUGUUCCUGAUCUGUUAUGUUCCCUACCAUAUAUUCAAGAACCUAAACCUCUACUUAAGACUUCUAAAUUGGCAGAAGAAAUGCAGUAGCUGGGAGGAGGGAGUCUUCAAAGUCCGUCAGGCGACUCGUGGUCUUGUGAGCCUGAACAGCGCUCUCAACCCGCUGGUUUACCUGUAUGCAAAUGAAGUUAUGCAGCUUCUGCAGCGGGGUCAACAGAUGUUCAGGUGCUUGUCUCCAGCAAGGUGUCGCUGUGUGCCAGUAUCACAGACAGAGAAAGAGGACUUUUAACACUGACAAUGACACCAACAUUGAUAUUUUGUAAAGUAUUUCUGUUUUCUU